CCCCAACAAUCCCCUGGCAUGGGUGCCUGGAUCUCAAACCCACUGGUAAUCCGGUCUCUCCUUGAGACCCAGGCUCCUGGAGGGAGCUUGGGUGAGUGAGUUUUCCCGGAGCCCGGCUGCUGCUGGAUACCCAAAGCUGCCUGUUCCGAGAGGUCCGGUCCAGAGAGCAGAGGAACGACACUGAAGUUGCACAACAGGUACCAGCACCCAGCCUUGGGCCAGAGCCCUCCUCUGCUCCCGCAUGUGGACGGAGUUGCCUGUGUGGCGGUAGCAGUCACCGGUGUCUACAGGCCUGUGACACGAGGGGACCAAGACGAUGACCUCUAGUCUACUCCGUUUUGAACAACUGUUUUAUUCCUUGGUGUGCACGGCAUGUAGAGAAGGGAGUAAAUCCAAUCCCUGCCAUUAAGCACCUGCCACCUUGAGCUGGGCGGACAAAAUAAUUGGAAGGUUUCCUGAGCACCGAUAAGUACAGACUCUAGACAAGUAACUAGAGACGCAGGGACAAAAAAACAUGCUCCUUGCUCUCAAGAACUCUGCCUCAUAGGGAGACUGCCACAUCAGUGACAAGCCACAUGUGGAGUGACAAGAGUCCUGGUAGGGGGCACAGUGCUUGGAGCACAGAGCAACCCCACACAGGCCUCAGGUCGCAGGUUCAGGGGCCGAGUGGGGUGGACAUAGGGCCCAGCCUCCCCUCAGCACAGGUGACCUUCCUUCAUCUUCAGUCUGGCUCCCACCUGAUGCUGAGAAUGGCCUCCUCCCAGAAGACACAUCCAGUAGAACCCUCUGAGUGACACUGGCUGGAAUCCACAUCAGGUGUAUCUAAACGUUUCAUUUAGAAGAAACCAGACCCUCAAACUCCUUGCUGGGAGAUUUGUGCAGCCAUUUUAUGUGUUGCUUCUAUGUGUGGGAGAGAAGGGAGGAGCCUGGGUAUCCCCUUUGACCUAACAGAGAGAAUUCAAAGUACUUACACCGCAAGGCAUGUGUCACUUGGGAUGUUAUCACCCGGAGCACCACACUUUGGGUAAGACGGGCUCCCUGGGUUAUGGACCCCUUGUAUGUAGGGUAACCAGCACAGCCCUGAGAUGCUUCUGCUGGAACGCCUCUGUAGUGGAGCUCGAGGAUCAGAAGAUGCUGUGCUUUCUUGGGAGCACAGAGGAAAGGGCUAUCUCCUGAUCUCGUGUAGAUUUCUUUCGCCAGCGUCUAUGGAGCCUGAAGUUUAUCCAAGCCGAUGCUGGAAUUCCAGGCCUAAUGCUGGAAUUCCAUUAGCUAGCCCCGAACAAAGACGCAGAUCAGAAAAGAAAUAGAUGAGGGCUCUUAAAUGAAACAUGAGCCAUGCAAGUCAUGUUUCUUACAUGCACCUUGGGGCCGCCUGAUGCCUGUUUGAACUUGCAGUGAGAUUGGGAUGCCUUUAGAUGGAAUCAGGGAGAGCAAAUGUCAGACUUUUCAGACAAUGCAAGCAAGUACCUCGCUGAUGGUUACCUGCAGUUCUGGCCUUCAGUAGGUGAGUACGCUCCGGUUUGGUGCUACAAGGAAAGCUCGAGUCACGCAAGGAAGCAGGGAGUGGGGGCUGUGUUUGGUUGAUUAGGGAGGCCUCUCUGGGAAGGGCCCUUGGAGCAGAGCCCUGAAUGAGUGAGAGGCCAACCCCACAAACGCCCGCUCUCAGGGCCUGUUUUCGGAAGCAGCCAGGUGCUCAGCCAGAAGAAUUGGGUAUGUUUGUGGGACCUAAAGAAGUCUGGAUGGCUGGAGGGCAGUGAGGGGCUCGGCCAUGCAGUGGGUCAGGAGUCUAUAGGCUUGUACGUGAGGGAAGCCCCUGGGGAUUUGAGCAGGGAUGGGAUGGGUUUCACUGGCUGCUGUGUGAAGCUGAGGUCAGGAGGGGAGGGCCGGGGCAUGCACCAGGGAGCUAGCCCCAAGUUUCAUCCAGCUCGGAACCCAUGCUGUAGUUGAUGGGAGGUCCCUUCCACGACAGGCACCAGUGGCUCAAGCAACCUAGCUCCCGAAUACAAGAGGUGGAGAAGAAGUGAGAAAAGGGUGGGAAAAACUCCAGUUUGGGGACCACAAUGUACAUGUCAAAUCCCACUGGACACAGGUGUGAAGCCCCCGUCCCCUGGCAGAGGAGGAAGAAUUCCUUGCUUAGCAACUGAGUAAUCAGUGCCGUUUAUGGAGAUGGAACCUGGCAAGAGUGUGUGGGGCGGGGUCCUGGGAAAUCAAGUGUUCUGUUUGGUCGGGUCCAGUUUGAGACACUCAUUAGAUGUCCAAGUGGAAGUACAUGAGCAGGGGAGGGAAAGGGGCCAUGCCCCGUGGGGCCCAUCUCCCCAACCUGAACUCCUCUCCAUCCUUCUGUCCCUGAGCAUGGAAAGAGCUCACUGGUUUUUGCAGACACUUGCUUAAUUCUCAGUCUUGCUUCUGUCCAACAGCUAGAGGAUUGGUGGCACUCUUCUUUCUGUUGCAGAAAGAAGCUCUGUCCCAGAGCUUUAAUUACAGGCUCAGAAAAGUGAAGAGUUACGUGUAAAGCAAGACCUUUCUGAAGAAGUGGAGUUAAAAAAAAGGACUUUGUAGGCUGGACACUUGUGCCCCGACAUUUCUCCUUAGCCCUUACUGGCUUCCUGUGGUCCCUCCUCUCCUGGGAACAGAGAAAGAUGGAAAAGCCCACGGGCCAAAGAAAGAAGACACAGAGCCCAGAGGAAGACACAGGCAUGCAGGAGGACACUGCCAAGGAAGAAAAGGUGUGCGGUGCAAAACGGCCCAACAAAAGAGGCGCUUUGGCUAAAAAGCACAGUAAGGCACCCAGCCUGAGUCCUGAACAUGAAGAACACAUCUUUGAUGCUUUCGAUGCUUCCUUUAAAGAUGACUUUGAGGGGGUUCCCGUAUUCAUUCCUUUUCAGAGAAAGAAACCCUAUGAGUGCAACGAGUGUGGCCGCAUCUUUAAGCACAAGACGGACCACAUUCGCCAUCAGCGAGUUCACACUGGAGAGAAGCCCUUCCAGUGCGGUCAGUGCGGGAAGACGUUUAGGCACAGCUCCGACGUCACGAAGCACCAGAGAAUUCACACGGGAGAAAAGCCCUUCAAAUGUGGUGACUGCGGGAAAGCCUUUAACUGUGGCUCGAACCUCCUGAAACAUCAGAAGACACACACUGGAGAGAAACCGUACGAAUGUAAGGAAUGUGGGAAGACCUUUGCCUACAGCUCGUGUCUUAUCCGCCAUCGGAAGCAGCACCUGUGGAAGAAGCACUGAGCACAGGGAAGCGGUCCGCUUGGCCUCCCGCUGCCGCCUAUGCCUGUGGUGUCCACUGGGCUUUGGCCCUGUCACCUGCUCCUUGAAGACGCUGGUCUGCAGACUCCUGGCCCACUGGGUCCCGAGCCCAUCCCCAUGCAGCCUGGCAGGAGGCCUGUGGCUCCAAGCUACAUGGCAGAGCUUCUGUGGUGAGCACUGGGGACCCGCUAGACUGGACCAGACCCCUGCUGUCCCUGCUUGGCUGGUGGCGGUGACAGUCCUUCUCGGGCUGGAGCACUAGUCCAUGAACUCAGCCCCCUUCCCCAGGAGCUGGACCUCGUGUGUCCUUCCGGCCCAGCCAUCACCCCACAUAAGUGGCUUUGCUUACCCAUGUGGACCACUUAGGACACAGCUCCUGGGGCUUAAAUGCUGCCACCGUGGGAGCUUUGUGCCCUGGCCAUGUAAUGGGGGUCCCGGGAUGCUGACAGCAGCUUCGAUCCAGCCUGCAUCUGCCACACAGGAGACCUUCAGACCCAACGCGGUGUGCCCUGCCUCCCAGGGGCCAGCUCUCCAUUCAGGGCCAACAGGACGGGUCCCCAGAAGGGGAAUGACAGGCGGAGAUCAUUCUGGCAAACAGCUUCCUCCAGGCUGUGCCGUGUGGGCACCCAGCAGCGCCCAGAGGGCAACUAUACUCUGGCCUCACUGACAGCAGGCAGGAUGGGAGAGCAGAUGACUGCAAAGGAAGAAGUUCCCAAUGAGCUGUGCAUAAAAAGGAACCUCAAAACCAGAAAGUACCCACAUUCCUGAGCUCCAAGGUGAACAGAGGUCAAGAAGGAGGAGAAGAAAGGAAACCUCGUGCUCCGGCCUCAAAGGACAGGAGGCCCUGUCAGCUCUCCUUCAACCGGCAGUCUAGGAAUGGGCUCCAGGUGGAAACACCCGUAGGCUGAGGAAGUCCCUGGUGACAUACGCAGAGACCUCAGGGCACCCUCCCGCUGUUGCCGGGAGACCUAGAGGACUGAGCCCAGACCUGCGGGGCAUCUCGUGCCCACACGGCAGGCCCCGCCACGGUCCAGCAUGGAUUGUGCAGGGAUGGCUCCAGCAUCACCUGACGCCAGGGCAGAGGCCACAGAGGACCUUGAAUGACACGGGGACACCUGUGAUGUCCUGGGGACUUGACAUGGGUCAUUCUUCAUGCCGGCGUUCUGUGAGCUAUGCCAGCGUCUGCCCUGCAGGCCUCACCCACCUGAUCUGAGGACCGGUGGGAGCCAGCGCUGUGGACAGUGGGCAGUGAGGGCCUGACCAGUGACUUUGGCCUCUGGUUGCUCUUACACCGGGGUCCAGUGCAUUCCUGUGGAAGCUGUGGGCAGCAAGGUGUCACCUGGGCUCUACCUCUAGUGACCUCACCUCAUCUCCGUCCCCAGUUUGGGCACAAGAUCAUUCAUGGCUUCUGCAAGUGAGCUAGACUGCCAAGACACGCUGCAGGGUAGAUGCGACCGGCGGGUGGGGCUGGGGGUGGGAAGACCAUGACGCUGGACCUUGGACAUUUGCUCUGGAGCGGGACAGAGAGGUCAUGGUGAGGUCAAGGUUCUCAGCGAGCCAGGAUGGAGGGGUAAACAGUGUCUCUGAGGCCCAAGGAAGCAGCGUUGGGACCAAAGAAGCAGUGGGCUGGGGGCCAGACUAGGAGCAGCCACGAAGAGGACGGCGAGGCCUCCGGGUCCACUGCCUGAGGACAGCGCUCUGCUCCGGACGCAGCCUGUGCCUUUGAGAACCUCUGUGUGCCAAGCUCGGAGCUCGCAGCCGUCUGGUUUCUUCCUCACAAACUGCAGCUGCCUGUUAGGGACCCACUGCGUGCUCCUCUCCUUGAACAGAGUCCCCCCAGCAGCCAGGCUUGGCCUCAGGGGCGAGGCUGACGCUGCUUCCACCGCCACCUGCAGACAUGGGUCCCGGAGGCCCGAAUUGCUGUCCGUGGGGCGAACACCGGGGGCCUCAGCCUCAGUGCAUACCUUGCUGUCAGUGCUGGGGGUGCCCAGUGUCAGCUACACACAGCGCUCCGCAGGAACUCCCCAUGACACCUCGCACGCCCCGUGUCACUGCCGCCUUACCCAUGUGGCAUUCUGGUCUCGUUUGCUUUUAGUGUCCAUGUCUCUUGAUUUUAGUUUGUUUCCUGGUGGGCUUGAACACUUGGUGUAUCGGCAUUCUCCUUACAUCUCCCGGUGAAAAGUGCGUCUGCGCCCACGUACCUGGUGGCUCGAGGUGGCCAUUGGGCCAUAAACGCUGUCACACAAGGGGCAGUCUUGGGCCUGUGGCCGUGCAGACACUCCCUAGUCUGUUGUUUCCCACUGUUAUUUUUAUCGUCCAGAAAUGUAACUUUCUAACUAGUCAAAUUUGUUGUUGAACUUUUACUUUAUAAUCUCUUUGCUCCUUCAGUCCUUACUGAGCACAGUGCUCUACACCUGGGAUGGAUGCUCUGUUUGCUUCCUGCUGGUUUCCUGUGGUUUGCUGUCCCGUGAGUCCUAGUCCAAGGCCACCUCACUGGCUCCCGUGUUACUCCAGCUGCCUCCUAUCCUGCUGCCUGUUGACACCUGUUUGCUCCUGUAAUAAACACCUGUCCUGAUCCGUUCACUGCA